AUGAUCCAGUUCCCUUCCAAGGUCAUCUCCAUCGCAUGGACUGGUUCGGCGAACGGGCUUCUGAUCAGCGGCGAAUCAAAUGUCGCCAUGUGGCACCGUUCCAAGAAGAAGCAGCAGAACUCGUCCCUGCUGCAGCCGCUGACGUGUCUGUGGCAGGUGCAGACAAGUGUCGCGCAGGGAUUGGCCGCAACCUCGCUGCAUGCAGAUGGAUUUGCUGCUACUGCUGACGUGGCAGUAGGAGAAGGAGGAGGAGGAGGAGGAGUGGGGUCAGCGUGGGGACGGCCGAAGGGCAUGGUGAGGGUCUGGUAUUACUGGGGAGACCAGUACUCCUUUGAUGGUGAUGGUGAUGGGGAGGGUGCAAGCAGACAUCAAUUGGUCAACGGGACGGGUGAGGGAGUUGUGGGUGUUUCAGGAAGAGAUGACUCAGGGGAGGGUGUGCGGGAUAUGGAGGGUGAUGUAGAUGGGGAGGGUGCGGAGGAGGAAGGGGAGGAGGAUGAGGAGGAAGAGGAGGAUGAUAAUGAUGCGGUGUCUGUAGUUGAUCUGCCACACCCGGCACCUGUGCUGGCAGUCCAGUGGAGACCACAAGAUACGACCUCCAAGCCUUUGUUUUCUUCUGGGUCAGGUGCAACUGGUGCUGGUGCGUCUGGAACAGGUGGAUCAGGUUCGGCGCCGUACCACCGUCCGAUCCUGUUGACCUGUGCUGAAGAUGGCAUGGUGCGGCUCUGGAUGGAGAUUGACAGUGGCAGCGGUCGAGCCAAAGCUGGAGGCUCGGCAGGAGCAGCAGGGUCGGGGAGCCGGGCCGGGAGCAGAUUGAGCUCGCCGAAGAACCCUGGGAGCAGCAGGUAUGGGAACCAGAACGAGAAUCCGAACCUGGGGGCUGGGUUCGGUCAGAAGGGAAGGAAGGGGGCUGAGAGGCAAUCAUCUGAAGAGGGGAGAUGGGCGCCCCCUCCUGCUUUCUUUGUCUGCGCUGUUGUUGACGGAAAUAUGACUCUUGGAGGGAGAUUGGGGAUGGAUAUAUCUGUGCUGUGGGCAAAGGAGGUUCGGGUGGGUGAUGGGAGUAAGGGUGUGAGUGUGGGAGGAGGAGGGGGAGGGGGAGCAGCAGGAGGAAAGGGGUCAUUUGGGGUUGAGGUGAUUCAGGGAGGUGACGUGGCGCCUUGUGAGUGGCUGGUUGGCGUGGGGCCACGUGGCACUGUGGUUCUCUGGGCAGUGUUUUGCCUGGAUGACAUGUCACCGCCUCGCUGUCCGCGCGUGAUGAUGUGGCAACAGGCAACUGGCGUUCUUCAGGAUAAGGCUCUCAGCCACACACACCCGGAGCGCCACGCCCACGCUCACCAUAACACCGACAAACAAACCCCCCCUUCCAGCCCCAGAACCCACCUCAUUUCGGCCAUAGUACAAAGAGUCACCGGCCAGUUAGGGAGCCCUCCCAUGGCUGCUGAAAUCGCAGAGAAGCUGCCUGGAAGCUUCGUGCGCUGGUCCCGCCUGUGGCCGCCCGUGCUAGCAAUUGGAGCCGGGGGGAAACUGGGUGGCAGGAUUGGUGGCAGCUCCGCGGAUGGGCAUGGGGCAACAGGGGGUGUCGGAGGAGGGGCGCAGCAUGGUAAUACGGGUUACAGCAGCCACAACAACAGCAGCGGUCAUAUGAGCAGCAGCAGCGGCGGCGCCAUUGCGAGCAGCAGGAGAGCAGCAUGGGGGUCUGUGAGUCAGCACGUGCAUCUGACAGGGCACAGAGGGGCGAUCACAGAGGUAGCCAUUCACCCGGCUCCAGGUUUCCCUGUUGCCGCCACCUUAGACGCCCAUGGCAGUGUGCUCUUAUGGGGCCCUCGUGCCCCUCCCUGGCUUCCCCUCCUCACGGAAGCCCCGGAAGGUGCUUCUAACGAGUGGGCUCUGCUGGGGUUGCUUCCGCCGGCUGUUCCAGGCAGUGGAGGGGUUGGAUACGAGAGGGGUUUUGCACGGCUGGCAUGGGCGCCUGUGCUGCUGCCAGGUGGCGGCAGCGUACUGGCUGUUGCUGGCGUAGGGAGUGUGGAGCUGUAUCUAGUGAGGCGCGUGUGGGAGGGGAGGGAGGGAGAGCAUGCAGGGGGAAGCGAGCAUCAUGGGGAACACGGGGAUCAUGGGGGGCAUGGAGGGGGGUAUGUUGGUGAGGCAGAGGAGGAGCGUGCAGAGUGCAGGUGGCUGUGCUCUCUCACUCUCCAGAAUGCGUCCCCCGAAGCACCUGCAGAGGAAGCUGCAGUUGCUGCUACAGCCGGUCCGUUCCUGGGUGUUGCCUGCCUGCCUCACACACCCCACUCUGCCGCCCAUCCCUCAUCCCUAACUGAGACGGAUACAGCUGCUGCAGGUCCUGCCAGGGCAGGCAGAGGAGAGAGGAGGGGGAUUCGGGUGGUAGGCGUGGGACAGGGUGGGCUGUGUGUGUGCGUGUGGGCCGUGGAGAUUUGCAUUCAGAGGGGUGAGGCAAGGCCGAUCGUGCACACAGAGAAGGGAGAGGUGGAAUCUAGGGUUACCACCACAGAUCAAGGACAGGCAGGGGUGGGAGGGGAAGGAGGGGAAGGAGCGGAGGGAGCAGCAUGGGAAGAGAACGCUGUGAGCUGGCUGGUGGGUGUGCAUGGAGCAGGGGGCAGAGGGGACGGAGGGGAAGGAGCGGGCAGAGAGGAAGGUGGUGGCGAACACAAUGAGGGAGCACCACACGGACUCCAUUCUGUGCCGUAUGCUGCUGCUGCAGGUGUAACAGCUGUAACGACGAGCACACGUGUGAUCAGGUUCCCCAGCAGCCGUCGAGUGAUGUGCUUGCACUGCGCACCUGUAAAUGACUCAAUUUGGGCGUCUCCACAUAAAGCAGAUGGCGCUUUGCAUAAGGGAGGAGGGAAACGUGCCGCUGCUGAUGGUACUGGGACUGCUGGUAGUGCUGGUGCAUCUGGUUCUUCUGAAUUGCAGGCGUUGCAAGAGAUGUUGAGUCGAAGGGGGUGGCUGGAGGAGGCUGGCGGGUUGCUUGCUGGUUCAGGAGCUGGUUCUGCUGCUUCCGGGCAGUUUGGUGCUGGGCAGUUUGGGUCUGGGCAGUUUGGUUCUGGGCAGUUCGAUGCCCGUUUUGGGCAGCCCGAGGGGAAGCACGAGGAGGAGGAGAGGGAGGAGGGUUUGCCGUACGAGUUUGCAGUCGGCACUAGUGCAUGUCCGAACGGGACGCUGUUUGCUUCAGUAGCAGGAGGAGCAGACGCGACAGCAGACGAAACAACAACGGAACCAGCCUCUGCUGAAGCAAUCACUGAAACAGAAGGGGCUUUAACAGGGGGAAAGACAUUGUCUCUCUGGGAAAUGCUUCCUGCUGCCAUUCCCGGCUGGUCGUCCUUUCGACUGGAAGGAGAAAUUCAAGUCUCCCUAACCCCGUCAACAGCUCCAACAGCCGGGGCUGCUUCUGCCGAACCUGGCACUCUGGAAUGGCUGGGGGGGCCCGAAGCAGUGCUCAUGGCUUGGCACGAUUCUGGUAACGGCCAUUCACUUCUUGCAGUAGCAGCUGCAGCUAGGGUUUGUGUCUUCACACGCGCCCGCACCCCUGCCCCUCUGCCCCUUGACCCCAAUUCCACUGGCCCCCUAAGCUCCUCCGCUAGUGCCUCUGCUGAUGGUGUAGCUGGUACUGGGGGUGGCAGUGGCAGUGGCGCUGCUGGUUCUGGUUCGGGUCAGGACCGGGGAAGCGUGUAUCAGGAAUGGAAUCGGACCGGAGGAAGGAUCCAGGAAGCUUCUACUGGGAGGCGUGAUUUGGCGGAGGUGGCAGGGGCAGGGGGGUGGAAGGCCCCUGGGUGGGCGGGGUGGGUGGAGGUGGGGAGGGUGGAGCUGGGGGAGGUGGGAUCUGUGCGGUGCUUGUCGUGGGCCCCACAGGGGGUGCUGCUGGUGGGGACGGGGCAGCAGCUGCUGGUGAUCAGCCCAGUUAUGCGAGCAGAGGCAGCAGUUGUUGCAGCAGUAGGAGUGACAGAGGCAGGUGCAGGCUCAGCAGGGGCCGGUGCAGCUGAAUCUACAGCAGCAGCAGGAGGAGGAGGGGGAGGAGGGGGAGGAGGGGGAGGAGCAGGUGGGGGCAUCAGGGCAGCAGGCAGGGCCGGGCUUGGGUUGGCAUAUUCCCGAGAGCCAUCAGCAGCAGAUCUCUCACUGUCCAUCUCCCCUUGGAUUUCCCCUGCUACUUCUCACCUCAGCCUCGCCUCCAUGUCCCACAUCAGCCUCACAGAUCUCGCAGUCGUCGCUUCCCGAAGCGGCAGGUCCGGGGCUGGCGCGCAGGCUCGGCCCGUGGCUCGGGUAUCCAGCCGUCUGUCUCUGCCGCUGUCAGCUUCGGAUCCGGCUCUAGCAGCUGUUCAGAGUGUCCUGGCUGGGGCAGGCACAGGAGGAGCAGGCACAGCAGGGACAGGUGCAGGAGCAGGAUUAGGGUCAGGAGCAGGAGGCGCAGGUGGGGCAAGAGGGGGAGGAGGGGGAGGAAGGGCAGGAGUGUUAGGAGGGGGUCGGGUGAUGCCAUACACUCCGUCUGCCCCCAACUUUGGCCUCCUGGGCAGCCCUGCAAGGUGUGACGCUAGCAGCAGUGGGGGCCGUUCCAGCAGCAGAACAGGAGAGGCAGGAGGAGGAGCAGCAGCAGGAAGUGAGAUAAUCCCAGAAGGAGGGAUGGGUGCUGGUUCGGAGGAUGUGAAAGUAUCGGCGUUGGUUCGUGCGCUGGACGGCAGCGGGCGGCUGUUGCUGUCUGAUGCGGUGGCAGCAGUGGCAUCAGUGGUCCCAGACUACCACCCCACGGUCAUCUGGACUCUACUCAACCAGGGCCUCUUGCCAUCUGCACGCGCAUGCAUCCGCCACCUCUCCCGCUCCCUCGCUGCAGCCCAAGCCAAGGCUCACAGUGCUCACAGUCAGCAGCAGGUCCAGGGUUUCUUCUCUCAGACCCGGCUUGUCUCCUCCUCCUCCUCUUCCUCCUCCUCCACUGGUUGUUGCAUCUUUCCAUGUGUCCCCUAUUCGCAGCUGUGCCUCCCUGAAGCCUCCUCCUCUGCCUCUGGUGCACCCGCCGCGAAUGCUGCUGCUGCUGUCUCGUCCGGACGUCUGUCGGGGGGAUUUGGAGGGGAUUACGGGGGUUUUGGAGGGUCUGGAGGGGGUUUUGCUGGGUUCAGCAGCACAGGAGAAAGCAGCAUGGGAAGCAGGUCUGGUGGGGGUGGUGGGGGCGGUGGAGGGGGGACUAGUGCUAGGGCGAGUAGUGGUGGUGGUGGUGGGUCCAAGCAAGCGUAUAAUCCUUUUAGUCUCGUGAACGUGAGAAGUGCUUUGGAUGACAGCGAUGGGGAGGAGGAGGAGGAGGAAGAGGUGGGAGUGGGUGGGAAGAGAGGGGCAACAGCGGCCGGAGGAGGAGAGAGCAGCAAGGGUGCUGAUAGAGGUGGAGAAGGAGGAGGAUUGGGAGUGAAGGGUGGUGGGGUUGUGUCACCCGCAGUGCUGCGGUGGCAGCAGCUGCAGCAGCGGGUGCUGGUGGGGGGCCAAGCUCCCUUCACAGAGGCCGAGGCAACGGCCAUCUUCCAGGUGCUAUCUGAGGCAGGCGGAAACUGCAGCACCAGCACCACCUCUGGUGCUGGUGGUGGUUCACGGGUGGGGGUGCCUGGGUUGACUGCUGGCGAGGCAGACAUGGUGGUGGUGCUGUUAGACGUGCUUGCAGCCAUGGAUGGGGUGAGCGUGAAGGAGGAGGAGGAGUUGCAGCAGCAGCUCGAGGGGGGUUCAGCAUUGUCAUCCUCGUCAGCAGCAGGAGCAGCGUCAGUGGCACGAGCAGAGAAGGAGGUACCGGAGCAGCCCGAGGGGGGUCCAUCAUCGUCAUCAUCGUCAGCAGCAGGAGCAGCGUCAGUGGCACGGGCAGUCACAGCCCUGGAUGAACCAAGGAAGAGGUUCUGGCUCGCACUCCACCUCUCCCGUGCGGCAAAGAAACACCAGCAGCGCCGCGCCGCUGCCGCCGCUGCUGCUGCAGCUGCAGCCGCAGCAGCCGAAAAGGCCUCCUCGGCAGCCAACACCAGAGCAGGAGCAGCAGCCUCUGCCUUCGGUUCUUCCUCUGACCGUAGGCCCAGCAGCAGCAGCAGCACACUCACCAGCAGCAGCAGCAGGUCCGGGGGAGGUGCAUCUGGGGCAGGUGCAGGUGGAAUUGGGCAGCAGCAGCAGGGGCAGGGACAGGGGCAGCAGCAGGGGCAGGGGCAGGGGCAGGGGCAGGGGCAGGGGCAGGAGGGACAGCUGGAGGUGGAGUCGCGAGCAGUGGCAUGGGCGGUGCACACGGAGUCAGUGGGUGAUGUGGUGAAUGCAUGCCUGGAUGAUGCUGACAAGCCCACGUGGGCGGGGCUGAGAGCUCUAGGAGUGGGGUACUGGCUCUGCAACACCACGCACCUCAGGCAACUGAUGGAGAGGGUAGCGAGGGCGCAGUACCAGCAGCGGAGGGAUCCCAAGGACUGUGCGCUGCUCUACAUGCUGCUGGACCGCCGCUCCGUGCUGCACGGGCUGCUCAAGCUGAGUCGUGACGACCGGGAUAAGAAGCUCGUGGACUUUCUAGGCAGGGACUUCACGGAGGAGCGGCACAGGGCAGCAGCACUGAAGAACGCGUAUGUGUUGCUCUCGCAGCACCGCUUCGACCUCGCAGCCACCUUCUUCCUCCUGGGCCACGACAUCCCCUCCGCUGCCUCCGUGUGUGCGCGCAACCUCAACGACCCCCAGCUCGCGCUCGUGCUGUGCCGGCUGAGGGAGGACAAGGCGGGGGCAGCGGCAUAUUCAAGGGAUGUGAUUCAGCGGCUCUUGUUGCCGGAGGCUGUUUCUAAAGGGGAUGCGUGGAUGGUUUGCACACUCAAGUGGCUGAUGGGGCAAAAACUCGAAGCCCUGCAAGACCUUGUAUUGACCUCCCACCAGAACACCCACACUCCCGCCCUCACUCGCUCCUCCUCCUCCUCCACCACCGCCACUGCCAGCUCAGCACUCACGCCGUCCCAUCCCGCCACGUCAGCAGCCGAGCCAGCUGGCGCUGAGGUGGCAGCGUUCUGCGCCACGGUGGCGAAAAAGCCAGGGCUGGGGGAGGAGACAGAGGCGGUGCAGAGACUGGCAGCAGUGGCAGCAGUGGAGGCAGUGAGUGGGGGCGACCACAUGGGACUUGUGCUGCAGUCCGUGCUCGAAAUCACCAAGCAGCGGGGUUUGGGUCCGGUUCAGAGCGGUGCUGGUCAGGCGCAGAGCGGUGCUGGUGGGUUCAGUGGUGGAGCGUUGGAUUUCCAAGGCAUGAGAGUAGGGUCGGGCAGCAACGGCGCUUUAGGUUCGGGUGAACCAGGUUUGGGUGUGGCCACAGCAUUAGCUCAGAUGGCAACGGUGGGGAAGGCAGUAGGGUCUGUGCCGGCAGUGGUGGGGGAGGGAUGGGUGGUGCCUGCAGUGGUGGCUGCAGUGCAAUCAGCCAAGCUGCGGCAGCUGCUGAAGCAGAGAGCUGCUGCCUGCCUUGCCGCCGCUAGUAUGGCAGACGGAGUGGUUAAGAGCGGUGGAGGAGGAGGAGGUGGUGGUGGUGGAGGAAGUGGGAGAGUGGGGAGAGGGAGAGGAGGAGGGAGAAGGGGUGUGUGUGAGGUGGUGGAGGAGGUGGAGGCAUGGGCAAAGCACUGUGCGAGCGAUCACACUGCUGCCCUCGCUGCCAUAUCCUCCCAGGCCAUAAUCGCCUCACAGCCAUUCACCUUGUGCCACGUCACCGCCCACCUGGCACAGUGGCACAUCCCCAGGCCGCUCCCGCGCCCAGAUGCAAUCUCCACCGUCCAUCCGCCCCACCCCGUUGAAGAUCUACGGGCACAGCUGUGCAUGGCAAUCCUUAGGCGAGUAGCUGUGAGUCUCCCCUCUGCGCUGUCACGGGUGGUCAUGGGGAGAGGGGCGGUGGGUGGAGGGAGGUCGAGGGUGAAACGAGUGGGUUGGGGCACUGGUGAAACGAGCUCCCCACCACAACACCACCACCAGCAGAAGCAGCAGCAGCAGGGGCUGCAGCAGCAGGAGGGCCGGCAGCAGAAGCUGGAAAGGAAGAACCGACUGCUGCAUCAUUACGUGGACGAGGGUUUGGGCGUGGACGCGUUGCGAUUGGUCCACGUGGCAGGGGAGAUUCUCCAGAUGUGGCGGGAAGACGAUUCAGAUGCCCUGCUAGAGCAGAGGAUAGAGGCAGAGGGGCGGGUAGUGGCUGCUCUAGCUCUCAUCUGCUUUGUAACCGCUGCCUGGAUCUCCCACCGGCCUCUCACCCUUGCUCGACUGCUCGACCCGGUGGUGAGGGAGCGAGGAGGGGAGAGGGGAUGGAGAGGGGUUGGGGAGGGCGGGUUCGUCGGGGGAAAUGGGGAAGGGGAAAGAGUGGGGCGGAGUGUAGGGGGGAGGGUGCGGGCUGAGGGGGGUUGUGCGCCUGUGUUGCCUGGGGAGGGGGAGAAUUGCCUGGAGUGGUUUCUAGGGCUGGAGAGAAACGGGGGAGGGGGAGGCGCGGAGGGGGGAGAGGGAGGGGAGGGGGAGCAGGGAGGUGGGCUGGUGCAUAGAGGAGGGGGCGUUAUUGGUGCAGGUGGGGAGAGAAAGGGGGAUAAGGAGAAGGAGGUGGGGCAGGGGGCAGUGGAACAUGGGGGAACGGAUGAAGAGGGCAGAUUCGUCGGACCUGGACGGGCGGCUGUAGAGGGGAGGGUGGUGGUCCUAUCAGAGGACGACAUGUGGCGCGUGGUGGGCGCGUCAGUGUGGUCGCUAGUGGAGCGGUAUGUGAGGAAGCAGGCCGUGCCGCCGUCGCUGAUUAGCCGGGCGUUCAGGUCGUUUGGCUCAGGCCUAGGAGCAGCGGAUCCAGCGCAUCUGUUUCCACAGGCGUUGCUUCCAGACGCGUGUGCUGCUGCAGCUGCCUCCGACGCGCUGGUCCUCGCGUCUGCACGCGUGGCGUCUGCUCUGAGGCGCCAGCUGGCGGCACACGUCAGCACCCGCAUGCACGUGCAUGGGGGAGCAGGAGCAGGAGGAGUGCAGGGUGUGGGCACCAAGGGGGGAAUUAGGAGUACCAGGAGCAACCAGACCGCUCCUGCUGCUGCUGGUGGUGGUGCUGGUGGUGGUGCUCUGAAGGAGGAGGCUGUUUCUGCGUGUGCUCACUUGGCGUCCGUAGCAGCAGCGGAUGGGCUGCUGCAGUGGCUGGCAGAUGAACACUCGCUGCACCACGGCCACCAGCACAACCAGCCACACGGGCAGCAGCAUGGGCAGCAGCACCUGCACACUCACCAGCAGCACGGGCAGCAGCAGAUGCACAGCAGUGGGGUCCCGGGGCACAUGUCACGGCACCAUGGCAACAUACCCACACACCCAGACGCGCAUGCACAUGGUGCUGCUGCUGCACAUCCCUCUCAUGGUGCUGCCACCACGCAUGCCACCUCCACACACUCGCACCUGCCAUCCGCUCAUCCUGGCACAGCUAGCGCUGCAGCAGCAGCAGGGAUUGCGCCAGGCACCACAGCAGGAGGAAUUGCAGUAGGAACGGCAGCAGGAAUGGCAGCAGGAUCGGCAGGAGGAAUGGGUUUCAGCAGCAUAGCUUCUACACACCCUGAGACCUGCCCUUUGCUUCCCGACGUACCCCAUACAGUGCUCGAGUUCCCUGAAUCCGGCCCUGUUCUCGUCCUCGCUGCAGUAGCAGAUGUGGCUUAUAUCGAAGCUGCUAGUAACGGGGCCGAAGGGCCUGGAGGUGCUGCUGUUGCAGGUGCUGCUGCUGGUAAGGCCGGUGGGCAGAUGGAGGGAGGUAGACCUGGGGUAGGUGGUACUACUAGGGGACCUUCUGUUUUGGGGAAAAGUGCAUUGGGAUCAACAGGGGUGGGGGGGUCGAGGGCAGGAGGGGGAAAGGAUGAAGGGAAGGAGGGUAAGGGAGGGAUGGUAGAGAGGGGAGGGAAGCGAGGGGAAGUGGGAGGGGCAUGUGAUUUGGGUGAGUGGGGUCGGGCGUGUGGCAAGCUUUGGCAGCUUGUGGUCGCUAAGGACAAGCUGCGCAGCGUUCUGGGCGUCGAUGGAUUUGAUUUUGCUGAGCUGGCAGCGUGGAGGGAGAGGAGGGAAGCUGACGUGGCAGCCGCGGAAAGGGCAGCCCGAAAAGCUGCAGCCGCAGUCGCAGCAGCAGCAGCAGCAGCAGCAGGGGGAGGAGGAGGAGGGAAAGGAGGAGGAGGAUGGGGAGAGGGAGGUGGGGGAGGAGAAUCAGGAGGAGGCUGGGGCAGAGGAGGAGGUGGGCAGGGGAAGGUGACAGGUGGGGGAGGCGCAGGAGGGGGAUGGGGGGAAGCCGGGGGGAAAGGGAGAGGGGGGAGGGGGGCCGCUGGUGGGGGAAUGGAGCGAGUACAGACAGAGGCGCACUUAAGUCUUGGGGUUGGGGGGUUGGGGUCAAGAGCCGUGUCAACACCAAGCCUGAUUGGGCUCAUUGGGAGAGAGAAGGAGUUGGAGGGAGGAGGAGGGAAGUGGGGGAGCGCAGGGGGCAGCAUGGGGGAUGUGAGGGAGCAGGCGAGGAAGGCAGGAGCGAGUGAGGGGGAGCACGCGGGGAGGGUGAAAGGAGAGCUAGGAGAAGAACCGGAUGACAGCAAGUCGGGUGAGGGGGGAGAGAGGGGAGAGGAGGAAGAAGAGGCAGGUGUGAGAUGGGCGAGGACAGCGCUCGGGGAGCCUCUAGAGGUGCUUAAAACGGGGGGAGAGUUACUGGAAGGGGUGUGUGUGAAUGCACUGAAUCCGAGGCAAGCAGUGGUGGCCACCAACCGCAAGGGCCUACUCUUCUUUGACAUCCACAGUGUCUCUGCUUCCAACUCUUCCUCUGGUUACGCCAGUUCUGCUGGUUACACCGGUGCCCAUGGUUAUGCCAGCCAUGCUGCUGCGGCCGGCUCUGCUGUGUUUGACAGUCUCUGGGCGUCUGCCUGCUGGCCUGCAGACAGCUACGCAGGCCGCGUUGCCACGCCCCCUCCCGCCCACUUCGCCCUUCUCACCCACUCCCCUAGCGGCCGCAUGAACCUGCCCGGUUCUGCUGGUGCUGCUGCUGGUGGGGGUGGUUGGGGCGGGGGAGCGGGGCAAACCGGGGAGAGCAUGGGAAGCAGUGGGGUUGGGAGCAUGGGAGGCGGGGGGGGAGUGGGUCGGCUAGGCGGGUUCGGGAGCAGCAGUUUCAGCAGUGCCAGCUUCGGCAACACCCCUGCCAACACCUCCUCUCCCUUCUCCCCGAUAGGCUCGGCGGUGGGCCGGGGCGCGGCGGCUCGGGAUUCGUCUUAUGCGGGCGGCGUGGGGAUGGGGAUUCCGGGGUAUGGAGGGAUAGGCGCGUGGGGCCUGGGGUGGGAGGACUUGGAGGAUGCGGAGGAGGGGUAUGUGGACCCACCGGCUACAGCAGAGUCGGUGGCGGGGAGGGCCCUGGCGGCCCACCCUCUCAGGCCAUUCUUCCUUGUCGGCUCCACCAACACGCAUGUGUACCUCUGGCAGUUCGGUGCACCAGCAGCAACAGCCACAUACGGGGUUCUCCCCGCAGCCAACACACCAGUGCCGCUGGUCAUACCAUCCGUGACGGCCCUCUCCCUCCACCGCUACGGCGAGCGAUUCGCCACCGCUGCUGCGGACGGCACAGUGUCGAUGUGGCAGCUGGAGGUGGGCGGGAGGAGCAACGUGAAGCCGACCGAGACCAAGCACUGCUUCGGGCGGAGUGCCAGUGGAGUGGCGUUCAUAGGCGCCAGCAGCAGUGUGCUGGCAGCGGUGGGGCAGAGCCCCUCGCAGGACAACCUGGUCGUGUGGGACUCCCUCGCCCCGCCCAACGCCUCCCGCGUCGCCAUCAACUGCCACCAAGGCGGUGCCACCAGUAUUGCCAUUGUGGACAACACCAGCCCUGCCACAGGGAGCACUGUAGCGGCACGGGGAGGAGCAGGAGGCGGCAACGGAGGAGGGAGGGGACAGCUGUCGGCUUCUCAUUCGCUGAUUGUAACAGGUGGCAAGGGAGGAGACAUCUCGGUGCAUGACUUCCGGUUCAUUGCCAGCGGGAAGAGCGGCCGCAAGGGGGCCGGCAGCGGAGGCGGGGGCAGCAAAGACGGAAGCAGAAACAACAACAGCAACAGCGGUGGUGCCAGUGGCGGCGGUAGUGGCAGCAGCGUCGGUGGUGCCGGCAGUGGAGCGGUGGGAAGCGGUGGUGGUGGGUAUGGGGAUAGGGCGUUGUGGCACAUUCCCAGGGCGCACAGCAGCAGCGUGUCUUCCAUUCUAUCGGUGCCCGGCACGCCGCUGUUCCUGAGUGCGGGCAAGGACGGCGAGGUGAAGCUGUGGGACGCCUCGCGCUGCCGGCUGCUGAGGGAGUGGCCGCGCGUGCAUGAGAAACGCACCUUCCUCAAUGCCCGCGGAUUCGGGGCCGUCAUGCAGGUCGGUGUGAUGGAUAUGUUACCGUCAACCCAUGGCAUUCUCACAUGUGGCGGUGAUGGCCGCGUUAUCAUAACCGAUUCCUGGGCUGUAUAUCCGGCUGAAAACGGGGUAGCGCAGGCGAAACCGGAGGGUGGGGGACAAACACCCGAUCUUCCUCCCUCCUCUGCGCUUCCAUUGCUUGAGCCAGCAGCAUCAUCUCAUAUUCCUGUGUCGCCUCCAGCUGCUGCAGCAGAGAGUCUAGCGAAGAAUGCAUGUGUGUCUGAGCUGGCACAUGGACAUGCUGAGCUGGCAUUGGCGCUGGCAGUAGCGGCGGCAGAAGGAGGGGUGCUGCACGUGCGGUUCUGUGGAGAGAAUGGUUUGGCGAGGCAAGUGAAUGGGACGAUGCGGUGUGAAGGAGGAGGAGGAAGGGUUGAGAAGCUUUGUUGCAUUGCUGCUGCAUGUGUUGGUGGCAUUUUGGCAAGAGCAGGGGGAGGAGCAGCAGGCGAAACAGGAGUGACCACAGCAAGAGCAGCAGCAGGGGCAUCAGCAAGAGCCAGAGCAGGAGCAACGGCAGCAGCGACCCAAGGAGUCACAGCAGGGGCCACAGCUGUGGGACUGAAGCGCCGCGCAGCCGAGGAGGGAAGGGAAGCCAAGCCGGUCACGGGAGGCAGAGGCGACGCCGAAACGCCUGCUGCUGCUGUGCUUGAGUUGGCUGGCGGGGACAGGACGGGCGGCGGAGCGAGGGGCCUCAUCGCCUCUCCCCCAGCAACGUGCAUUGCUCCUGUAUUGCUGUCAAGGGCUCUUCUCUUGCUCACUGGGCCGCUGGGUGAUGCCAGGGGACGUGCUUCCGCCAGGGGACGUGCUUCCGCCAGGGGACGUGCUUCCGCCAGGGGACGUGCUUCCGCCAGGGGACGUGCUUCCGCCAGGGGACGUGCUUCCGUCAGGGGACGUGCUUCCGCCAGGGGACGUGCUUCCGCCAGGGGACGUGCUUCCGCCAGGGCGUCGGCAGGGGUGGGGACUUCAGCAGCAGCAGCAGGGGCAGCGGCAGGGGAAGCGGCAGGGGCAGCGGUAGAAGCGGCUGCAGGAGGGAAAGCGCCGGCGGGGAGCGCUCGCGUGUAG